AUGUCUACGUCCGCUCACCCCACGGAGCAGGGGCACUCUCUCCCCUCGCGCUCUGCGACCGUCCAAAGUUCCAUGACCCGUCAGACCUCUGCCAGCGAUGACGAGCUCACUCCCGACAACGACAGCAAUGAGACCACUAGCCUCCUCAUGGAGCGCUUGCGUGCCUGGAAGCAUAUGUGCGGGAACCUCGAGGAUUACGUCUCGACUACGGCCAAGAUCACCAAGUCGCAGGCCAAGGACUAUGAGAAGGUCCUGAAGACUGUCAACGAACCUUUGCGUGAAGGCGAUCACUUCAGUGCCGGUACUGGCGGUAUAAACACCUUGUUUGAGACUAUCCGCAAUCAAUCUCAGAUCUCGAUCAACUCCUACCUUGAGGUCGAGAAGAACCUACGAGGCUCAGUCCUACCUGUGCUUGAGCGCCUGCACAAGGAGAUCAAGAAUAAGUCCAAGGAGCUGAAGUCUGGUACUUCCACGGGCAGCAAGGCUGUUGAAAAGGCCCGCCUGGCAACUCAAAAGCAUGUGGAGCUGCUCGGUCAGCACUCGGCUCUUGUCGAGUCCGGAGGUGGCAACAAGACCGACACGCAACACGAUCCUUACGUGCUCCGUCGUGGUAUCAACCACCGUCUGCACAAGCAGGUCGCGGAGGAGAACAACCACCGCAAUGAUAUCUUGGCCAUCCAGAACUCCUUCUCCCGAUUUGAAGCGCAUGUCCUUCAGACCAUUCAAACCGCACUUGAGCAGUUCCACCAGAUCAUGGGUGGUCAACUGGACCGUCAACGUUCCUCCUACGCCGACAUUCUGAACACUGCUCAGCGCAUUCCUCCCGACUUUGAGUGGGUCAACUUUUGCAUGAACAACGAGUCGAAACUUGUAAACGCCGACAGCCCUCUGCGCGCCGCUUCGGCCAUCCAGUUCCCCAACAUGGAUCACCGCACCACGCAGCCCGUGAUCGAGGGUUCUCUGGAGCGUCGUUCUCGUGCCAUGCUCAAGGGCUACAAUACCGGCUACUACGUCGUGACUCCUGCAGGAUUCCUGCACGAGUUCAAGGACAACGAUGACUUGCGCAAGGAUCCUACUCCAGAGCUGUCGCUCUAUCUUCCUGACUGUGUGGUUGGCGCCGUUGACGGUGUCAAGUUCAACGUCAAGGGCAAAGAUGUUUCGAGCAAUAAGGUCGGCAAUGCCUUCCACACUUCUUCUGAGCUGUCUUUUAAGGCUCACAGUGCAUCUGAUGCCGAGAAAUGGUGGAGCGUGCUGAGCGAGUAUACCAAGGGAUCUGCUGGUCCCACUGCUGCAGCCGCAGCCGCAGCGGGCGCUGGUGCUGGUGCCGGAGCUGGUGCUGCUGCCACCUCGCCUACUAGUGCCGCUGCUACUUCGCCUACCGGUGCUGCCGCUACCUCGCCUACUGGUGGUGGUGGUGGUGCUGCUGCUCCUUCCUCUGCUGCCGCUGCCACUGCCGCCGCCCCUGGUACUGCUGUUGCUCCCGGUACUGCGGCGGCUGGUGCUGAUCCAGCUGCUGGAUCUGCUGCUGCUGCCCCCGGCACUGCUGCUGUCUCCCCUGGCGCUGCUGCCACUGCCGAGCCUACAUAUCCCUCUGCGACGCAGACCACCGCAGACCCCGCGCACGCAGCUUCAGCCAAUCCACCUCCCGUGUACAACGAGAAAGCCCCUGAACCCUCUGCCGCACCGGCUGCUACUUCCGCUCCCACUCAGAGCUUGAACCGAUCCGCCAGUUCAGGCAGUCAUUUCCACGGCGCUCCCGGUGGCAGCGGAGUGUAA